GCGUGUCCAUGACCGCAGCUGUCAUGGUGGGCCCUAGCUAAGGAACCAUGGAUUUUGCCCAUUGAUCCGUACCCAAUCUGUUCGCCAGGAUCCCUUUAUUCAUAUCUAUACAAGAUGAAGGCUCCUUUGGCUGACAGAAUCUCAUAAGAAGUCGCAUUCAGGGCCCCCAUUGUUCCCCGUGUUCCGUAUUUGUUGGACUCAUGUUGCCUCAACAGACAGCUUCAUCUCGGACGGCACCCGUCAGCACACCGAACUCCAUCAUGUCCAACUGGCCUGGGUCCGAGGGUCUGCCAUCUCGAAAGGAUGCAAGGAGAGUAGAUCGCCCAGAUUAUACUAUGACUUGGUCGAACGAUUCCAGUUCGAACGCUAGUCUGGAGCGUCGUGUGGUAGAGCUCGAGCGGCGAGUUGAGGUUCUAGCGAGGCUCCUAGGGGCAUUCACGAAGCGAACCCUCGAUGCCUGCACCGACAACAUGGAAGCACUUCAGAAUGAGGGUUCAAGCUGGUAGGUAGGUUUCCGACUCUGGCGACCUCGGUGCUAUCCAUCAUGUUGUAAUCGGGACGAGUUUAAGAAAUGUAAUACAAUUACUAUAUGUGUCGCGAACACUUAUGGCUUCCUUGCG